UGUAAAAGCCGAAUCAAAACCAAAAUAAAAACAAUAAUAAACAAAUUUUUCAAAACAAAGCGGAUUUUUUUAAAUAAUUCAUUAAUUACUUUAAUAAUAAAUAUGCUAAAGAAAAAAUUAGCCAGAAAGGCAACUAACAAGCCGGUUGUCCAUAAAGAGACAUUACCAGACGCCAACAAUAAUAAUAACAGAUUAAUUAAAACUUCUAAUUUUUUUAACACUACUUUGUGGCAAAAGGUCUACAAUUUAGAAUGUGAACUAAAUGAAAAUCUGUGUCACUACCAAGCAGAAAAAGAAAUAACACACAUUUACAAUCCCGUUGAGUAUGCUGCCCAACUGCACUGUGAAUACCUAAGACAUUAUCUGAAAGGCACGAAGAGAUUGUUGUUUAUUGGUAUGAAUCCAGGACACGAUGGUAUGGGACAGACGGGGAUACCGUUCGGCAAUAUUACUACCGUUAGAGAUAUAAUGGGGCUAAAUGGCACCGUUAACCAACCGCCAGUAGUUCAUCCUAAAAGACCUGUUAAAGGUUUAGCAAGUACACGCGAAGAACCAAGUGGUAAACGGCUAUGGACAUUAUUUAAAGAAUUAUCAAACGGAUCCCUCGAUACUUUCUUUAAACAAUGUUUUGUUCAUAAUUUUUGCCCGCUUGUAUUUUUCAAUAGCAAUGGCAACAAUAUUACUCCCAGCGAAUUGAAAGGACCUUAUAAGCUACAAAUUCGCAAUGAAUGUUUACGUACUACCGAACAAGUAUUACAAUUAAUACAACCAGAAAUUAUUGUAGCCAUUGGGAAUUAUGUAUAUGAUACUCUGAAAGCAUCAGAAUAUUGCAAAAGUAAACAUCUAUUACGUCUAGCUCAUCCCAGUCCAAGAGCACUUAAUAAUAACAAUUGGCCAGAGAAAGCAGAGAAAUUUUUGAUCGAAGAGGAUUUACUGAAGUAUAUGAGAAAUGAAAUAAUCACAAAUUGAAGAGCAUUUACUAAAAGUAUGUCAGAAAUGCAUCAAAAAAAUUUAAACAACUAUGGGAAAUGAAUCAUAAAUUUAAGCAACUUGUAGUUUAUAUUUUUUUUAACAAUUUGAUAUGGAUAUGAAUAAGCUGGCCUUAUUUUUAUUUAUUUUUUUUUUUUUUUCAGAAAAAGAAACUGAAUUAUUUAUAUACCUUUAAUCUUUUUUAUAAAUAAAAUGCAGAAAAAUUUUUGAACUUAUCUUAAACUAA